AUGCUCUAUGCCUGGAGAACUAUCUUAUGGGAACUUUCUAACUGGAAAAAAGCUGCAGCAGCAAUUUUUGGAUUCUUGGGUUACAUUACAAAACUUAUGUUAGCUCUUAUAUACCAUUUUAUUGGGGAUCCAAUCACAUCCUCAAUUCGAGGAAUUGAAACUAUUUUCUAUACUGUACGAGCUUUUUAUUCUAGCAUAAUUGCAUAUGCUCCCAUUCAAGAGCUGACAACAAUCAUCAUACUGACUUCUGCUAUACUUACUAUUGCCGAAGCCACUAUCCCUGACUCCGUAAGUAGUCAGCCAUAUGUUCUCACAGUAGCUGGCUUAACCGGCUAUGCUGCUGUAGUGAACUAUAUCUCUGAGCCAUUUUUCUGGACGUUACUUCUGGGAUUGUUUGGUUUUGCAAGGUUUAUCUAG